CGGAGUUAGGACUCGUUCAAUUUCAGAUUUAAAAAAAUAUACAUAGCUAAAAUAUAUUUUAAAAUACGUUCGCCCGACAACUACAUCUUAGUUCACCUGACCACAAUGGAAUUUCGUCGCAGUAUAUGCUUCUCGCUCACACUGUUAUACCUCUUUAAUCUGGUUGAUUUUGUAUGGUCCAGGAGAUGCCCAAAUCCACCAGAAUGCAAGCUAGGCAUCAUUUCUAAGGAGUGCAAGUGCGUUUCCUGCCCGUCGGGCAAGUACCACGUUGUGAGGAGUGGCUAUCCGCGAUGCGAGUUCUGCACACAACAAUGCACUGCUGAGCGGCACCUGAUCCAGAUAAAGGACUGUACCGCCAACUCUAAUCGCGAAUGCCAUUGUGACAGGGGCUACUUUUGUGAAAGCUCUGCCCAGUACACCUGCCGAAGGUGUACUCUUUGUCCUGAUGGGACCUUCACAGCCACCACCUCACGACUGCAAUCCUGCAAACAGCAUACUGACUGUGGAAGUCUGGGCAAGGUUCUGAUCUCAAAGGGCAACAGAACUCAUGACCACGUUUGCUCCAACGUCCCCACAAGCUCCAUCCCCAGGGCCCUGCGUGUAGUUCAGAAUGCCAUGGAACAGAAUUCUGUCGUCAAGGAAACAACUGUUCCUCCUUCCACUGCGUCUACAAAGACUUUUGCCCAUGAAACUGAGACGGUCAUCAACAUGCGGGCCGCCCAGACUGCUACACGCUACCACACUAAAAGAGCUAUCAUAGAAACCCCCAGUGGCCUGCCCAACACAAAUGACAGGCCUGGAGUACAGAAUGCCACGAAACAGAAUUCUGUUUCCAAGGAAAUAGCUGUUCUUCCUUCCAAUGUGUCUGCAAAGCAUGUUACCUCUCCAGAGGAACAGUCAGCACGCAAUUUCCAGUCCUGGCCACUAAUCGUGCUGUUUAUGAUCCUUGUCUUGCUGCUGGGCUUUGGCAUGUGUUACAGGAACAUGACUUCUCAGAAGAAAUGUCAGCCACGGGUGAAAAAUCAGGGACAGCGGGGUUCGUGGAGGGACCAGGUCACCCUGGAGACUAUGAAGCAUCUGUUGUCUGAAGGAAGUCUCAGUCCCAGUGCUCUUCACCCCCUGGUCAGCAAGAAAGGAGAGGGUCUUAGUCUUGAUGGGGCAGAGACAGGCCCCAUGGGCCUCCAGCAGGUCACUGUCGACCACUCUGGGGGAAGAGAGAAUGUCAGCAACACUGUCGGAUCAAUAUUCAUCUACUCCCCGGGGACAGUGAUACUGGGAACCAGCGCAUCAGAGCAAAAGGGGGAGGCUGGGGAGCAGCCGGAGGAGGAAGACAAAAACCCAGAAGAGGGACAGGCCGUCACCAGUGCACCCCAGCAGGAGUCCCUCGAAGAGAGUAGGCGUCCCAUCUACCAGGACAGACCCCUUCAGGGGGCUCCUGUCAGAGGAUGUGUCGAGGAGGCAGAGAAGAAAGAGCUGUGCUAUCCUAUCCCAGCCACUGGGAAAUAAGAGAGAGGGUACAGUACCGCACCGCCAUAGGAGAAGCAGGUACAGAAGUGCCAUGGGGAUCGAAGGGCCAAAUAGACAGGAGAACCAAACUGACAGAGGUCAGGACCAAACUGUGACAGAGGACCAGAAUGAGAACCACAAGGACCAGCAGGAGGACUUGCUCGAAAGUACCUGGAGUACAUGUUAAAAUGUCCAGUGUUAAAGGGGAAUUACACUCUAUAACCCUUA